AAAUGUUGGUAAAACCCCCUUCCUCAUCGUGUAGAGAGAAAAAAAUGGCGGACAAGCGCUAAAAUCCACACCAGAAACAAACACACACGUUACAAAGCAAGACUGGGGGAAGGAAAAAAAAAAAAAAAAACAGGGAGCGGGCCGCUUUAAUUUGGACGCCAUCCCCCUUGGCGGAGGAAAAAGGCGCACUUCUAUUGAAAAGGAAAUCCAUCCGGAGAGGAGAGACGCUGCUAAACGGUUAUGAAGUUUUAAGAGUGGAAGCCACUGUUGUGUUGUGAGCUUGGUCAGUAUUGCUGGAGCAUGAGGAAACCUGUACCGCAGAAAGCGAUAGAGUGGAAAGAUGCCAGAAGGAUCAAGCAUGCCCGGAGUGGACGGCCCUCCCGGGUGCCCUCACAGUACCAAGGGCAUUUCAGCUGGGAGAAAUACCUGAAAGAGACGGGUGCCAUUGCUGCACCCUCGUCUUGCUUCAGACAGAGCCUCACACCUCCACUUAACGAGUUCAAGGCAGGGAUGAAGCUGGAGGCCCAGGACCCGCGAAACACCACGUCAACCUGCAUAGCCACGGUGGUGGGCCUGACAGGCUCACGGCUGCGGCUGCGCUUGGACGGGUCUGACAACAAGAACGACUUCUGGCGCCUGGUGGACUCGUCAGAGAUCCAGCCGAUCGGCAACUGUGAGAAAAAUGGAGGCAUGCUGCAGCCGCCUCUUGGUUUCCGUCUCAAUGCGUCCUCCUGGCCCAUGUUCCUUCUGAAAACACUAAAUGGAGCUGAGAUGGCACCCUCUCGCAUCUUUCACAAGCAGGAGCCUCCUGCCCCGGAGCAGAACUCCUUCCAGGUAGGCAUGAAGCUCGAGGCGGUGGACCGUAAAAAUCCCCACUUUAUCUGCCCGGCCACAGUGGGAGCGCUGCGCGGUGUAGAGGUGCUGGUCACCUUUGAUGGCUGGCGGGGGGCCUUUGACUACUACUGCCGCUAUGACUCGCGUGACAUCUUCCCUGUUGGCUGGUGCACCCUCACUGGAGACAACCUUCAGCCGCCUGGCACCAAAGGUCUGGACCUUAACAUAGUGUUGCCUAAGAGCCUUGGGGCAUUGACAGACGGGAGUGUGGAGACCCCAGCCAUGCACCCCACCCCCACGGUGGGCAGACCUCCAGGUCAGAGAGGACGCAAGCCAGGCCGCAGGAAAACCAAGGUGACGGGGCCCUGGAAUCAGAAGGGCUCAGCGUUGGGACCACCGAGCAUCCAGCCAGGCAAAGGCUUGGAGCCCGUCAAGGUUCCCAAGAAACGAGGGCCCAAGCCUGGCAGUAAGUUGGGCUGGGCAAAGAGAGCUGGCUGGCUGGAAGAUGCCAUGGCUGGCCCAGGGCGGCCAGUGACUGGCCCAGGGCGAACCAGGGGCAGACUACCUGCCAACUGGGCACAAAGGAUAGCUCUGCAGCAGGCCCAGACUCAGGCAGAACCUAUCAAGAUCCCAAAGAAAAGGGGGCCCAAGCCGGGCAGCAAGGUAGCUGUCCAGAACUUACACAUUCACACAGGCAUCACUGAACCAAGCAUUUGGCUCCAUGAGGAGAGAAAACCACGCGUGGUACCUAAUCCAGUCCCCACGUCUCCCACCAGCAGUACCCCAGAGCCCGACACCAGCACUGUGCCUCUGGACAAUGCCACAAUCCCCAACUCUGCACUACAGGCUCCAACAGUUUGUGUUUACCUAAACAAGUAUGGCAAGGUGGGACCUCAUUUGGACCUGAGGCGUAUCCAGCAGCUCCCAGACCACUUUGGACCAGGCCGGGCCUCUUCUGUGCUUCAGCAGUGCGUUCAGGCUUGUGUGGACUCCGCCCACAACCAGGGCACAGUCUUCUCCUGUCUCAAGUCUGGACAAGGAGGCGAAGUAAUUUCAGCCUACUUUGACCAGCAGCAGCACACCCUGACCCUGCCCACAGUCAGCAGUGUCACCUACGUUCUCCGCUUCCUAGAAAAACUCUGCCACAACCUUCACUGCGAUCCUCUGUUUGGCAGCCAGCCUGUAGCCAGAGGAGGCCUGCACUACGACAGUCACACAUACACUGCAGAGAGGAGAACUUUUGGCGACAGCCUGACGACGGGCCCGGGCAGGGGCAACAAGCGGUUCCUCCUGGACUACAACAGUCCACUGCCUCAGAAACUGGCCAAAAUCUCCCGGCACUCCACUGAUGGCGAAUCCUUCAUGGAGAACAGUGUUGCCGUAUCAGAGCACUUAAAGAAGAGCCCUCUCUCUCCAAACUCUUCGGUACAAACUUCUGGCCUGAGGUCUCCCUCCAAGCUGCUGCAUCAUAACAACUCUACAGGCUCAGGCAGUUUCCGAGAGAACCCGAGGCCGGGUGGUCAGGACCCCAACCUGUGGACGGUGGAGGAUGUCAUGCAGUAUAUCAGAGAUAUCGAUCCCGUGCUGGCCCCACAUGCUGACCUUUUCAGAAAACAUGAGAUUGACGGCAAAGCACUCCUCUUGCUGCGUAGCGACAUGAUGAUGAAAUACAUGGGCUUGAAGCUCGGCCCUGCCCUCAAACUCACCUUCCACAUCGACAAGCUCAAACGGGCUUAAGGUCAGCCGACCAGUCGUAGCCUUCCAAAGGACUAAACUCCAACCCCGCCUCCCUGUUCUAGGAUCAGUAUAUCAUGCACUGCAUAUUGGACAUAUUCUGACCAUUUACAUGUAGCAGCUUCCAUCAGAACAUAUCUGGUAUUAUAUACCCCUGUCCUGACCUCAUCCAAUGAGGAAUGUUUAUUUUGUGUAGCACAAUCCAGCCCUAAGGCAGCAUGGGAUACGUAGGAUUACCCACUUGUCCGUCAUCUGUUUUGCAUUUCAGUAUAACUUGAAGAGUCAUAUGUGGCCAUUUUAACUGUAAAAGGCUUUUUUGGCCUGCUUUUAUUAUGUUACAUUUAUUCUGAACAUUUCAUAUUUUGUACUUCAUGGAUAUAUGGACUUGUAUUUUUGCCUUUUUCAAUGGUUUGUGUGGGACAUGCUAAAAGAAAGAAAAGAAAGAAAACACUACAUUCAUCCCAAUAGUUGGGAAUGCCUCUGAAUAAUGUCUCUGUUUGAGGCACAAUUUUGCAACUACAACAAUAUUAGUUAUGGGGAGAAAAACAUUUUAUGAAGAAAAUAAAAAAAGAACACUUUAUUCUGAAAAUACUGCCAUGAGGAAAUCUGUUUCUUUUCUCUUAUCCUGGAUGUUGUUUACAAUGCCUUGUCUUGUCUUUGUUAUUUGUACUUUUUUAAUUUUUUAUACUAUAUUAUUAUAGUUCCUACAUGGAGAGCCCUAUCAUACUUAACAUUGUUCAAUAAAUAUAUAAUAAUUCAA